AUGUCGCAGAGAGUAGCUGUAGUCACUGGAUCGAAUAAAGGCAUUGGUUUUGCUAUUGUUGAUAAACUUUGUUCAGUUUUUGAUGGCACCAUUUAUUUAACGGCUCGAAAUGAAGAAUUAGGUUUGAGAGCUAUAAAGCAACUUCAGGCAACAAAUCCCACAGCAAGGCACAAACUAAGAUUCCACCAAUUGGAUAUAACAAAUGUUGAAAGUAUUAAACAUUUCGCCGAUCACAUUCAAAGAACUCAUGGUGGGCUGGAUGUACUAGUUAAUAAUGCUGCAAUUGCUUUCAAGAAUGCCGAUCCCACUCCAUUUGGUGAACAAGCAGAAAUCACAAUUCGAACAAAUUUCUUUGGCACAAUGAAUGUUUGCAAUGCUUUGUUUCCAUUACUUCGUCCACACGCUCGGGUGGUGAAUGUUUCCAGUCGCGCUGGAAUGCUUGAGUCUAUUAGAAACUUGGAGAUUCGUACGCUAUUAGCAUCGAAUGAUACAACAGUACAAUUGAUAGCAGAUAUUGUAAACGAUUUUAUUAUAAAGGCUAAACAAAAUUCACAUCAACAGGCUGGGUAUCCUAAAACAGCGUAUGGUAUGUCCAAAAUUGCUUUAACUGCAGCAACUUUUGUUCAACAACGUUUGUUCGAUAAUCAACCAAACAACGAUAUUGUGGUGAAUUCUCUGUGUCCAGGUUACAUCAAGACAGAUAUGACAAGUCAGGAGGGACCUGGAACCGUCGAACAGGGUAAGAUAUACUCUUCUAAAUUCAUAGAUUUUCAAGAACAUCACUGUUAGCUUUCCGAUGCUGAAAUUUGCUAAUGAUCACGAGAAUGAGUUCGGUCUCACACUUCUGUGAUUAAGCCGAGAUCACAGUGGCCCCUCUAGUGGAAUCUAGAGAAGCUAAACAAACUGUGCUGUGAGAGAGGAAUCACUAUCCUGUGUUGACUAUAAGAAUACGAACUUGUGUGAAUAUAUACUGUAAUAAAUAAAACGAAUAAAGUAACGGAUGGCGCAGAAUAAAUUAGACUGUCAGUGUUUUUGAAAUUCCUUCUCUUCCUCAAAGUCGAUCGAGAUCAUUCUUAUAUCAAAAGAUUCGCCUUUCAAUUCUCUACGAAAUGGUAUAUAACUGGUCAG